AACACCACAAAGCCAACUCUCUUCGAAGACCCAACAAGCAAAGCAAAGCCAUUGAUGGGGAGGGAAAAGAUACAAAGCACGAUUUCUCUCUCUAGUCUAUCACCACCCACCAAGUCUCUAUCUUUCUCUCUUCUCAAGAUGCGUGAGAUACUGAGAGAAGUACUAUGAGGAAAAAAGGAAAAACUUGGGGCGAGGCUGCUGUGGCUUGUUCCACGUGGCAUCAUCACAGUGGUUCUCUCUCUUCAAUAUCGCUCUCAUGAGUUGCCAUCUCAGGCCCGUCCUAUGACCCCGGCGAAUCCCUAUGUGUAAUUGGUUUGAUCCACAAAGACAAGUAGCUUAAAUUCUUCUAUCGUACGGGUGCAGUUCACUGCAAAUGUUGGCUGCAAUUGUAAGGUGAGACAUUGAAGAAUGAAGGAUAACAGUUCAACAAGUAGUAAAAUGAUUAACAGAAACUGGGUAGUGAAGCGCAAAAGGAAAAAGCUCCCAUGUGGACCGGCUAUUUCCAAUGGUAAAGAGGAUAAAUCGGUUGCCUUGGAAUCCGUCCAUAUUUCUUCGUCUGCCAAAUAUAGUGAAGCAAGUUCUGACUUAUCUUUGUUGAAGAAGAAAGGAAAUGAUGGAUAUUACUAUGAAUGUGUGGUCUGUGAUCGUGGUGGGAGCUUGUUGUGCUGUGAAAGUUGUCCUCGGACCUAUCAUAUUAAUUGUCUUGACCCACCUCUUAAGCGCAUUCCAACGGGGAAGUGGGAAUGCCCAAAGUGCUGUCAGAAAAGUGAGCCUUUGAAGGCCCAUUUGGAUUCUAUUUCAAAGCGAGCAAGGACAAAAGCGAUCCCGACGAAAUCUAGAACUGUAAUUCAGUUAUCUGGCACUAAUAAAUCAUCCCGAUCUUUUGGAGGUUCUUUAAUUUCUAAGAAAAGGUCUUCUAGCAAAGGCAAAUCUGUUUUAACUGACGGAGCGAUACCCUUAAAAAAGAUGGAGGAUAACUCUCAGAUAGAUGUAUCUUCGAGCACAAACCUGAGUCAUCCAUUGGUUGGUAUGUCAGUUGAGGAAAGUCUGUUACGUGUUAAUGUGGAUGAUGAAAAGAAGUUUGGUGUUACUCCACCAAAUUCAUCUUCUGAGAGGAAAUCGAGUUCUCCUGCUCCAGAAGAUCUGUCUCACCUCAAAGUUGUGGAUCUAGAGCCAAAUGACAAAAUUGAGGAGCAAAAGCAUGAUGUUUCUUGUGCUAAUGGAUCUCCCAGAAGCAAAAUCAUCCUUGCCAUAUGUGCCACCACUAAUAAAGAUAGAAAAAGGAAAAAAGAAAUCGAUAAGGAGUAUUGUCACAAGAAGCAUAAGACCGACAAGGGGAAACAUCCUGCCAAAACUUCCAAAAGGCGUUUUCCCAAAGGCAAUACUGCAAGUCUUGUUACUAGCAGUUCACACCAGAAAAGGAAAGCUACUGAUCAUGAGUUUCCUGUAUAUUUGUCAAAGUAUCAUGUUGGAAUCAAGGUUAUUGAUGCUCAGGCAAGAGAUGAGAAGCUUCCCAACUCAGAGGCAAACCGGUUGGAUGAGUUAGAUAGAGCAGAGGGUCAUCUAGAUAAAACACUGAAAUUUGAAGAGAGUUUUGUCAGUGAACUUCGGCAGGUUGAUCGGGUUUUGGGGUGUCGAGUUCGAGGUGGUAAUGAAGGCUCCAGAAUUCAUGUAGCUGUUACUGUUGCAGAUGACCACCAUUCUGAUGGUUUGAUUCUUUCUGAAAGUCAAAAGAGUCCUACAGAAGAAAAUGUAGCGAGCAAUAUUGAUUUAGAUGUUGGAGUUGGUGAAAAUCUUACUGAGGGAUGCCACGAGGCUGUGAAUAAUUGUGACAAAGAAGAAUGCAGAGAGACUGAUAUCAGAGUAGAUAAAAUUCAUGUAUACAGAAGGUCUACAAGCAAAGAAUCUAAAGGAAGGAACGCCAAGGAUGUGGUGAGGAAUGACAGUAUCAAAUCAAGUUUGAUAGCUCCAAAUGUUGAAGAUAGAGAUGAGCCAGCAUUAAAAGAUUCAGGAAAAAGUAAUGAAAAAACAGCAGAGCAAAGUGGUGUUGUUAGUUUGAGAAGUCAUGAUGCCAAUGAAGCUUCUCAAGUAUGUGAAACUCAUGACUUGGACGAGAGCGGAGAUGUCAAAGAAGAUAUCGAAACGAAAACUAUUAGUGGCACACUUAACAAAAUCCAGCAAUUUGCCAUGGCAGAAUCUGCAAGUGUAAAUGGAAAGACUGUAUUGUAUGAAUAUUUGGUAAAGUGGGUUGGAAGAUCCCAUAUUCAUAAUAGUUGGAUCUCUGAAUCCCAACUGAAAGUCCUGGCAAAGAGAAAACUAGAAAAUUACAGGGCAAAGUAUGGAAAAGCUGUGAUCAAUCUCUGUGAGGAGAAGUGGAAGCAACCUCAGAGGGUCGUUGCCCUUCGUGCAUCAAGAGAUGGUACACGCGAAGCUUUUGUAAAAUGGACUGGUCUUCCUUAUGAUGAAUGCACUUGGGAAAAGUUAGAUGAACCCAUUAUUCAAAGUUCUUCUCACCUUGUUGAUAUGUUUGUUCAGUGUGAAAGCCAGACAUUGGAGAAAGAUGCUGCUAGGGAUGAACUUUCGAUGAGGAAGGGUGGAAAUGAUAUUGUUACUCUUACAGAGCAACCUGAGGAACUAAAAGGAGGUUCAUUGUUUCCCCAUCAGCUUGAAGCACUGAAUUGGUUGCGCAAGUGUUGGCUUAGAUCCAGAAAUGUGAUACUUGCUGAUGAAAUGGGGCUUGGGAAAACAGUAUCCGCUUGCGCUUUCAUUUCAUCAUUGUAUUUUGAGUUUAAAGCAUCUCUCCCCUGUUUAGUAUUGGUUCCACUUUCCACAAUGCCAAACUGGCUGGCUGAGUUUUCUCUUUGGGCUCCCAAAGUAAACGUUGUGGAAUAUCAUGGGUGUGCAAAAGCAAGAGCCAUGAUUCGCCAGUAUGAAUGGCAUGCUAGUGAUCCAAAGGGUCUGAAUAAGAAAACGUUUUCCUAUAAAUUUAAUGUACUUUUGACUACUUCUGAAAUGGUUCUUGCUGAUUCCUCUCAUUUGCGUGGAGUUCCUUGGGAAGUUCUUGUGGUUGACGAGGGCCACCGCCUGAAGAAUUCAGAAAGCAAGUUGUUCGGUUUGCUUAAUUCAUUUUGUUUCCAACAUCGGGUUCUGUUGACUGGUACCCCUCUUCAGAAUAACAUAGGCGAGAUGUAUAACCUGCUUAAUUUCUUGCAGCCAGCUUCAUUCCCUUCCCUCUCUUCAUUUGAGGAGAAAUUUAAUGAUCUAACAACUGCAGAAAAGGUGGAGGAAUUGAAGAAACUUGUUGCUCCACAUAUGCUACGAAGGCUCAAAAAGGAUGUCAUGCGGAAUAUUCCCCCAAAGACGGAAAGGAUGGUUCCUGUUGAGUUGUCAUCUAUCCAAGCUGAAUACUACCGUGCAAUGCUAACAAAGAACUAUCAGAUAUUACGAAAUAUUGGGAAAGGGGUGGCACAACAGUCUAUGCUAAACAUUGUGAUGCAGUUAAGAAAGGUUUGCAAUCAUCCAUAUCUGAUACCAGGUACCGAGCCGGAUUCUGGAUCAGUGGAAUUUCUUCAUGAAAUGAGGAUAAAAGCCUCGGCUAAAUUGACUUUGUUGCAUUCCAUGCUUAAGGUGUUAUACAAGGAAGGUCAUAGAGUUCUUAUUUUUUCACAGAUGACCAAGCUUCUUGAUAUCCUUGAGGAUUAUUUGAAUAUAGAAUUUGGGCCAAAAACGUAUGAGAGAGUGGAUGGCUCUGUAUCAGUGGCUGAUCGUCAGACAGCAAUUGCACGCUUUAAUCAUGAUAAAAGUCGAUUUGUCUUUUUGUUAUCUACACGCUCAUGUGGCCUCGGUAUCAAUUUGGCGACUGCCGACACUGUGAUCAUAUAUGAUUCUGAUUUUAACCCACAUGCGGAUAUCCAGGCUAUGAAUCGGGCACAUCGAAUUGGACAAUCAAAUAGGCUUCUGGUAUACAGGCUCCUAGUUCGUGCCAGUGUCGAAGAGCGCAUUUUGCAGCUUGCAAGGAAGAAACUGAUGCUUGAUCAGCUUUUCGUCAACAAGUCUGAAUCUCAGAAGGAAGUGGAAGAUAUAUUACGAUGGGGUACAGAAGAACUUUUCAGUGAUUCUUCUAUCAUGGGUGGGAAAGAUACUGGUGAAAGCAAUAGUAAAAAAGGAGAGGCCGUAACUGAUACAGAACUGAAGCAGAAAAAAAGGGUUGGAGGCCUUGGAGAUGUAUAUGAGGAUAAAUGUGCUGAUGGAACCAACAAAAUAGUGUGGGAUGAAAAUGCAAUUCUGAGAUUGCUUGACCGUUCAAACCUUCAGUCCGGAUCAAAUGAUGGUGGUCAAGUGGAGCUGGAGAAUGAUAUGCUUGGCUCUGUAAAGCCGUCUUUGGAGUGGAAUGAUGAAAAUACAGAAGAGCAAGGUGGUUCUGAAUCACCAACUGUUGUGGCUGAUGAUGUCUCUGUGCAAAAUUCUGAAAGGCAAGAGGAGAAUUUGGUUACUGUAACUGAAGAAAAUGAAUGGGACAGACUUUUGCGAGUGAGAUGGGAGAAAUAUCAAAGCGAGGAGGAAGCAGCUCUUGGUCGAGGGAAGCGUCAGAGAAAAGCUGUUUCAUAUAGGGAAGCGUAUGCUGCACACCCAAAUGAAACGUUGAGUGAGCCAAGCGGUGGUGAGGAGGAAAGAGAGCAAGAAUCUGCACGGGAAUAUACACCUGCCGGACGAGCGCUGAAAGAAAAAUUCUCGAAGCUCCGUGCCAGACAAAAAGAACGCCUUGCUCGAAGGAAUGCGAUUGACAAAGAUGGGGAUCCAGCUGCUGAAUCUGGUGAACAGGAUAGGGAGAAAGCUUCAGUGAUUGACAUGGAGCAUGACAAAUCUAAGCAUCCGUUAGACACUCUGAAUAUCAAAGAUGAUUCAACUUUUAAGCUGGGAAAACUCUCAAAGAGCAAAAUGGGCAACCACUUGGAUCUUCCUGUUAAUUCUCUUGGUCACGUGUCUCCUGAUGUCGUCCUCCCUAGUUACCAUCAUCAGGGCAGAGUCUAUGCACGUUCACUUGCUCCUAACAACUUGUUACCAGUACUUGGUCUAUGUGCUCCAAAUGCUUCUCAGUUGGAGUCAUCUCAUAGAAACGCUUUACGAAUGAACGGCAGGCAAAGCAGGCCAGCAACUGGACCUGAGUUCCCUUUUAGUCUAGCUCCUUGCGGUCGAUCUUCAUUUGAGCCAGAUAUGAAUAAGCAUGAGGCUACACUAGACAAGCUAAAAUUGCAGGAUUCAUCGUCUGAAGUGUUGCGACGACGUAGAAGUAGCAUUACAGAUAGUUGGCACCCACUUAGUCAGUAUCCUCCAGCUAUUUCCCAAGGAAAAUGGCCAGAUCGUUCGGGUUCAAAAUUUGCUGAUUUUCAGGAAAAGAUGUCACUUCCAACCUUACCUUUUGAUGAUACAUUGCUUCCCAGACUUCCGCUGGGUGGUAAAAGCAUGGCAAUUGCACCUCAUGACUUAUUGCCUAGCCUAUCAUUAGGAAGCAGACCUGAAUCUGCAAGUGACACUGUACAUGACCUUCCAAUGCCAUUACUGCCUAACUUGAAAUUUCCUCCUCAAGAUACUCCCAGGUAUGAUCAGCAUGAGAGGGAAGUGCCUCCUCCAUUAGGUCUGGGUCAGUUGCCGACGACUUUUCCAUCAUUUCCUGAAAAUCAUAGGAGGGUUUUGGAAAACAUAAUGAUGAGAACAGGGUCUGGAUCAAGCAACUUGCACAGGAAGAAAUCAAAAUCAGAUGGCUGGUCUGAAGAUGAACUUGAUUUCCUCUGGGUUGGCGUUCGUAGACACGGGCGGGGGAAUUGGGAUGCCAUGCUUAGAGACCCUAGGAUAAAAUUCUCGAAGUACAAAACUACUGAAGAUUUGGCUGCUCGGUGGGAGGAGGAACAACUGAAGAUCUUAGACGGUCCAUCUCUUCCAAUACCAAGAUUGAUGAAGCCAACAAAAUCUACCAAAUCUUCCUGGUUUCCUAAUAUUCCUGAUGGAAUGAUGGCACGGGCAUUGCAAGGAAGUAAAUUUGCUCGCCCACCUAAGCUUCAGCCUCAUUUGACAGGCAUGAAAUUGGGUUUCGGUGAUCUCUCUUCCGGCUUACGGCAUUUUGAGCACCUUGAUCUGCAUGGUUCUCAAAAUGAGCAUUUUGGAUCUAUUCCAACUUGGAAUGAAGACAAAUUCCGGGCGACCUUUGCUGGAGUGUCUUUAGUUGCACCUUCUGAUGGACCAGGGACUUCUUCAAACGUACCUGCCGAGAAGCCAUUUCUGCUUAAUUCUUUUGGAGCUGCCAACCUGGGCUCUCUAGGUUUGCAUGACUCUAGCUCUCUUGAAGACCGUAAGUUGCCAUUUGACCCAAAUAAAGGGCAGAAUCUUUCCCAUUUGAAAGGGAAGGAAAUAGUUGGAAGUACUUCGAAGAACAAACUGCCCCAUUGGCUUCAGGAAGCCGUGAGUGCUACUGCUAAACCACCGGAUCCAACUCUGCCACCCACAGUAUCAGCAAUUGCUCAGUCAGUUCGUAUAUUGUAUGGAGAAGAUGAGCCUACCAUACCGCCAUUUGUAAUACCAGGUCCUCCUCCUUGCCUACCAGAGGAUCCAAGACAGAUCCUUAGGAGAAGGAAGCGCAGGUCAAACAUUUUUGUGCCUGCCCCUCCAGAAAUGGUCCGAGGGGGUCAGAACUCUCAAACCAACCUACUUGCCACUGGGAAUGCUUCGACCUCUAUUCCAUUGGCCCCACCUUUUCAUCUGCCUCCACAAGCAGUGGCUGGAACUUCAGGGCUUCCAUGGUUCAAAUCAGACCUAAAUUUACAUGUUCCCAGUUUAGAUAUCACAAAUCCAUCUUCGUCAUCAGCGUAUUUAAAUCUGCAGAAGAAAACAAGCGAAGGAUUGCCCCCCUCUUCUGAAGUGCUGCAAUUGGUGGCAUCCUGUGUUGCCCCUGGCCCUAGUUUGCCAUCUGUUUCUUGUGUGACUAGCUCAGGAUUCCUUGAGGGCAAUCUAUCAUUGCAAAAAUCUGUAGACCAAGUUGGGUUUUGUGACACACACAGGGCAUCGGAGAUAAAUAGAGCUAAUCAAAGCUUGUCUGUCGAUGAAGAGGGUCUGGCUCCAGAGGUGAGAGAAGACCAGCCUGAUCCCAGGGAAUCAAGCAAGACUCACUCUGAUCAUCCACCUGAGACUGAAAAGCCUGACAUAGAGGAAAUUUCAUCGGAGGGUACAGUCUCAGAUCAACCUGUAAGUGACCAUGAAACAUAGCUCAAGUGUAGGGGUGAAAAAGCAAACGCUCUUUUUUCUUUCAUGCUCCAGAAUUCCGGUUUCUCAGCGAUAUGGUCAAAGUUUUGUAGGUGCAAGUCAGCGAAUGAUAACUUAGCUUACUAUAAUCAUUAGGACAAGUUUUCUGUAAAGAAACUGUAAAAGAAAAUGAAAAUAUAUGACGACGUCUGUUUGCGUCUCGUUGGCUUUAAUCCCUGUAGCUCCUCUGUAUUUCGAAUGAGCAAUGAGAGUAUGAGACUCAUGGCUACGAGUCUAACUUUCCUCGGGUUUGAUUAACCCAAUUGCGGGU